CGGAGCUGUUUAUUUUAGUUCAGUAAAACUUCCGCGAGAUGGAUAAAACUUUUUAUUUAUUCAUGAAUAAAGUUAUCUUUUAAUCAUUAUUUGGUUCGGUAUUAUGUGAGUAGAGGUAUGAAGGGCGUUGUUUACAUUUGACAAUCCAACCCUUAUCCCGCAUGGCCGUCUGACGCUCUAAUUAUUUUUAAUCUUUCAUUUUCAUUUCAUUUUAUUUUUUUUCUCCAUUUUUUUUUAUUUUGUUUAAUUUGUUUUAAUAUCAAUAUUAAUUUUCAUUUUACACAAAUUGUUUAUUUAAUAUUUUUCGAUUUUGCUUAAAAAUGACGAAUUCUAAAAUUGCCACAUCAACAACACCAACAAGCAAUGGCAAAUGUAUGAUUGAUAAAAUUGGAGAUUCUGGGGGCUUAUUUGAUCUUUUAGUGCGUCCGAUGUUUCAGCAAGGCCACGAAGGUGAACUUUGCAGUUGGUUGAAAGAGUUUAGCCUCAUAAGAACGACGUUAGGAUGCCAACAGCCCGAAUGUCAGGGUAAAACUCUAGCUUGGAAUACAGCUCGGGUUAUCGAUAGAUACACGUGGGUUUGUCCUACGUGUUCUAAAAAACAAUCUAUUAGAGAAGGUUCUUUUUUUAUGGGAGUUAAAGGGGAUUUUAGAACGUGCCUUCAACUUAUUUUAGCUUGGUGUCAGGAUAUUCCGACAGACAUUGCAGCUAAUAAUUUUGAAAUUAAAGAGCAUGUAAUCAAAAAAGUUUAUGAGAGAUGUAGCCAAGUCGCUGAAUUUUAUGUUAACUCUCACCCAGAAGAUUUUAAACUUGGUGGCUCAGGUUGCGUUGUUUUAGUUGACGAAUUUCCUAGUGGUUAUAUGACAGACAUAACUCCUGAUGUAACUACUACAAGGAAACGUAAUAAUAAUUCACAACCAAUUAUUUGUAUUGCUGAAGCAAGUCAUUUGCCUCCACGAAUGUGGUUGCAUAUCAUCAAAGCUUUACCUGAGCCACCAAAGAUGAAAAUCAUCAAUAAUAAUAAUAUUAUCAACAAUCAUAUUAACAACAUUAGCAGUAACAAUAACAAUAGUAUUAUUAAUAAUAAUAACAAUAAUAAUACUAUCAUUAAUAAUAAUAAUAAUAAUAUCGAUCCACAACAACAAAAAUCUGGAAUGAUUGAAGAAGCAAUAAAACAAAUAGUAAAUCAAGUCUUACCUGGAAGUUAUAUUGUAGCUAAUUCUCGAGCUCGCUGUUGCAAUUAUGAAGCACUCCAAGAUUUAAAGCAAUACAGAGUUUUUAGUGUUGAGCACUUACAAAAAUUCGAUACUCCGGAUACUCAUAAACUUUUAAAUAAUCUUGCCACAAUAUGGCAAACCGGUCUUGGAGUUUGUGAAGAAAUUCAAGAAUCAACGCGUGGAGCUGCCAAGCAAAUAAUAACAAAUCAUUUAUGGAGACAAAGGUAUGGAUCAAUACCUUCAGUAGCCUUUCAAAAUAUGCUCAAUCAUAUUGUCGAGUGUUACCGUUUCACUUGAAUAUUUUGAUAAUUGAAACUUAAAAUGAGCAAUAGCCUUUUUUUAAGGCAUUUUAUUUUUACUAAAAAUUACCAUUUACUUUUUUUAUAUUAAAAAAAAAGUCUUCCAAGUGAGCUUCGGAUGACGUUUGAGACUGACUCAAGUGCCUCUCGUACAGCUAAUUGAUAUUUUAUUAUUCUGAGAGAUUAUUUAGUAAAAAGAAUAUUUAAUAUUAAUGUCAUUUUACUGAAAUUAAUUAUUGGAUCUAUCAUUGAUAUAUUCUGUUAACUUUUUAAUAUUUUAUAUUAAUAUCAGCAAGUAAUUAACAGAUUUAUAAAAUGCUGAUUGCAAUUAUUUUGAAUACAACGGCUUUUAUUAUUUAAUUAUUUUAUCUAUUUUAUAAAUGCACAAUGUUAAUUUUAUUA